AUGCGCGAAGAGCUUCCCGAGCCCGACAAGGAAGCCUUCCGCCGUGCCAUGUUCAAGCUCGACUGUCUUUUCCUACCGGCCGUCACGCUUAUCUAUUUCCUUUCCUUCCUGGAUCGGGCGAAUAUCGGCAACGCGAAAGCCGCUGGCCUUAUGCAGGACCUCAAGCUCACCAACCACCAGUACAGCAUUGCUCUCACCGUCACAUAUGUGCCCUACAUCGCUGCCGAGCUGCCCCUCACGCUCCUCAUCCGUAAAGUCGGACCACACAUCCUCAUGCCGGCCCUCAUGCUUGCGUGGGGUAUCGUGACGACCUUCCAGGGCUUCGUGCACAACUACGCCGGUCUGCUCGCCUGUCGCUUCUUCCUGGGUGCGGCCGAAGGCGCCGUCCUGCCUUGCUGCAUCACCUACUUGUCAUCUUUCUACACUCGCACACGCUUGGGCAAGCGCACUGCCAUUUUCUUCAGCGCGACCUCGCUAGCCGGCGCCUUCUCAGGCCUUCUCGCUGCCGGUAUCGUCAACAUGGAUGGCCUCGGUGGCAAGCGUGGCUGGGCGUGGAUUUUUAUCAUUGAAGGUCUCAUUACUGUCGUCUACGCCUUUGCCUGCUUCUGGAUCCUCCCCCGCGACCCCUCCGACGUCGGCUACCUCAGCCCGGAGGAGCGCCAGGCUGUCCUCCAGGCGCUUGACAUUGACCGCCCGCCUGCCGAGGUCCACGAGAAGCUCACCGCGCGCAGCGUCAUUGGCAUCCUGGGUGCCCCGCAGAUGUGGCUGGUGUGUGGCGCCCUCUUCUGCUCUGGCACUGCGCUAUUCUCCAUGGCCUACUUCUCCCCUUCGAUUGUGCAGGGCCUCGGGCACAAGGGCAUCAUGACCCAGCUUUACUCGGUCCCCCCCUACGUCUGCUCGACCGCCCUCUCCCUCAUUGUCUGCUUCUACUCUGACCGUUGGCACCUCCGCGGCCCCUUCAUCAUCUUCUCCGCCUGCCUCUCCCUCAUCGGCUACGCUCUGUACCUCGGCUCGAGGAACCCUAAGGUUCGCUACGCCUCACUGUUCUUCCAGGUUAUGGGCGCAUAUGUCUCGGCACCCCUCACGUCCACCUGGAUGCCCAACAACCUCGCCCCUUUCUACCGCCGCGUCACUGGUAUCGUUUGCGGCUUCAUCAUUACCAACUGUGGUGGCAUCCUCUCCACCUGGCUCUUCCCCACCACCGAAGCGCCUCACUACAAGCGUGGCACGUCCAUCCUUCUCGGGCUUUGCGUUGGCAUGGGCCUCUUUGCUGCGGCCAACAUCGUGUACCUCGCGUGGCAGAACCGCAAGCGCGCCGCGGUCGGUGGCUUCGAGAAGGGCGGGCCUGAAAUUGAUGACCAGGCUGAGCUGGGCGACAAAAGUGUGCACUUCAGGUUUAUCCUCUAG